AUGCGGGGUUUCUUCAAAGCCAAAACCCUGAAAGAUGCUGAUGGAUGGCUCUCCUUUUUCCACCCGUACGAAUCGGCAAUCUAUGACUCGACUCUGGGAGCAGCAUAUCCAUCUAGGGAAAUGCUGGAGAAGGAAUUGCCCGUGAUCGCGCAGGCAUGGCCCGACAACGGAACCGCGUACCACCAGAGGGUCCUGGGCGAUAUGACUGGCGCUGUGGUCGUCAACUUGGGUAGCCAGGAGUUGUUCGGCGACGAGCUGCGGAUGGUCUCGGCCUACGAUUUUCGCAACGGCAAGGUGGUCCGCCAGUGUGACUAUUGGGAUGCCCGACGCAACUCAGUUGGUGAAAACAAAGUUCCCGACAAUGAAUACCCACACGACUUGGGAUUGGAAAGCGUAGGAGAGAACGCGCACGUCCAGAUGCAGAAGACAGCGACCGACCUGAGUGCCGCCUUGGAAAAGGGGCGGGUGGACGACGCCGCCGCUUUGUUCACUGUGGACGCCGUUUUCGAGGACCUGACCACGAGGACCCGUAUAGAGGGUCGAUUAGCCAUCGGCCGAUACCUACACCGAGCCAUUGAUAAGCUGGCUUACGGUCCAGGUGCUGAACUCCGGCAUAUACUUGGAAGCGCAAGCGGAGGCGGGUAUGAAUGGGUACAGCUGGGGGGCUCUGUGCGGAACGGAAUUAUAGGAUUGGAGUUAGAUAGCCAGGGUGCCAUUGGCAGAUUCACAGCGAUCUGGGACGGGUCUAGAAUGGCAGAGGAAGAGAUUCGGUCGCUUGUGAUGUUGGCUAUUGAGAUAUAG